AUGCAAGUCGUUUCUCGUGGCAUCGACGCCUCCAUCACCCACUCUCCCAUGCCAGGCCCCGACACGACGCGAGGUCGCACCCGUGACCGCAGCCACCCCAGGGCAGCUCUUGCUGGCGAACGGUUGGACAAGGUGGAAUCUAGCACAUUCAGAGGUACUCCUGCACAACCGGCUGCGCGACGCCCGUCGGGAGCACUGUCCCUCGCGCCCGGCCAGAGACUCGUCGCCGUCCAAGACUGCGGCGCUCCAGCAACGACGCCGCCGUACCAGAAGCCGCAGCCGGGGCCCUCGACGAAUGGAGGCCGACUCGCACCACAAGGCUGUCGAAACGCAUUCCUCUCUUCGGCACCAAGUCCGCGUGGACAACGAGCCUACCACUUCCGCUACCUCGUCUCCCAAUAUGCGAGGCUGAUUGUAUCCACAAGCUGCAUCUCGGCUAAGCUACUGCACAACGCCUCCAACGCCUGCAACUGGUUCGAUAACGACCAGAAGGUGCGGUAUGCUGCAGAGAACGGCCGCCCGACUCGAAUCAGGCCGUCAUCUUCGCCGAAUACUGACCCGAUCGACGACGCGACCCUCACGGCGGCUGAGGCUGCUCCAGAAUCUCGCACACAUGAUGCUGUCAGAUCGCAUGCGCCCGAAGAGGCAGAGCAACAUGUCACCCAGCCUGGUCGCGGCCCCGCAACCCCUGGCAGUCUUCAGCAGCGGGAUUCCAUCCACAGGCCACCGUCAAUAUCAGAACGACAUCGAUAUUCGCGCGCGGAAGGAACAGAGAGGAUACGGUCAUCCCAAACCGCUGCAUCAGAUAAGAACAACGACGUACAUACUCCUAGCGCCGACGUCCACGAGGAUGCUGAAGCAAUCGCCGAUUUGGUGGAAGAGACAUCACAAACUGCACACGAGUCCCCAGACCAGGGCUCGCCAACCUCACGGGAAUCGAGGCUAAAUCGAUUCGAGGGGGCCGAUCUUUACACUGAUGCACCUGAGCCAGAAGAUGACGGGUGGCCGAAUUCAGCAGACGAGUCAAAGCCAGCGCAGAUUUCCCGGGCGGUCGAGCCACGGAAGGCCGUCAUGUGGGACCAUCAAGUCGAACGUCAAGGUCGUGAGGCCCAGCAUAAAGAAGCCAUUAACGACAACCAGGAAGGUACAGAACAGGCGCUCUAUGACGAUGCCAUGGCCCCAACGGCAGGCUGGGAGUCCGAGAUCAAUGUACAGCCCGUCGACGUCUUUGCGCGCGCCCCAUCAGCGUCGCCGGAGAGACGCGAGUUUGAAAAGAGCGCAGAGGACAUGGCGGCUGUCUUUGUUGGCCGAAGCCGGAUAGCCGCCGCCAAGCAACACCUCGAACAGUACCUGGCCGACCCUGAAGGGGAGCGUUAUCGCGAGGUUUGGGAUCUUUACCUGCUUCUACAGGAUCAUGAUCGGCCGAUCAUGCGGCCGAAAGUGGUGGCUUACCUAUCGAGGGCAGACAACAUCGUCGAGCGCGAUCGUGUGGCGUCUCUCAUACCAAAGACAGCUGUGGAGUAUUGGGACAAUGAGUAUCUUUCUGCCGUGGUCCUCGUCCAUUUGCGCAACGGCGACCAGCAGGCCGCCAUCGAGAUCUUCAAGAAGGGCAUUUCUGAGAAGGACCUGACGGGAGGCCUGCAAUACCUUCUGAUUGACUCCAUCAACAAGCAACAAUGGACGACGAUGAUGGACGUGUGGUUAGCCAACACAAGAUUGCUGGCGCGUCACAACCAGCAGGAUACACUGGACACGAGGCUACUGCAGCCAAUCUUUGAGCUUGACAAGCUGGCCGGAUUGUACUUUUCGUUCGAGCGAUGGCUGGCGGCUGACGAUCGACUGGUGGAGAGGUGGCUAGAGUCUGAGGAACUCACCAGGAAGUCGUUGCUGGUCCUCCGGCGAGCAUUCGCAGUGGCCACUCUACAAAAGCCCUGCGCACCGACACACGCUCGCACGAUACUGGCGUUCUGGCAAAAUCAUGAUUGGUACGACGAGUACCUCUGGCGGAUGUUUGACCGAUGGUAUGAGAAAGUGCACGACAAAACCACAGCAUACGGCCUGUACGGAAUCUACCAGGACUACCGAGUCCUACCGGAGGCGAAGCCGAACUUCUUCGCUCUGCGUGGUGUCUUCAAAUUGCACUUUCCGCAGAACAAGAAAGCCCUUGAGCAGCUACGCGAAGACUGGAUCUCGUUCCAUGGCGAGCUCAGUGAUUGGGCCUUCAGCAAAUACCUCAAACUCUACGCCCAAGAAGGCAAUGUCCAGAAGGUGACCGAGCUGUGGGCUCGCUACGUGCAGGCGCUGCCUGACAAGCUGACCAAGCCUAGAGGUUUCACUAGCCUGCUCAACGUUCACGCGCAAGGUGGUGAUGUCAAGGCUGUGGAGCGCCAGUUACGGAUCAUGAGGAACGACUACGGCGUCGAGCCCGAUAUCACGUGCUGGAACAUUCUUCUGAAGGCUCACAUACGGCUGAGCAAGUGGGACGAUGCUAUGACCUGCUAUGACCACAUUUGCAAUGUUUCAGAGCCCAGUCGCCAGACGUUCUCGCAGCUUAUGGCGAUCCCGGCCAAAAAGGGAGAUGUCGAGACGGUCCUGGGAUUCUUCAAUGAGGUGCAAGAGCGGCGCCUUGGCCUGGACAAGGAGGUUGUUCAUCCGCUGAUCACUGCGUACUGCAAGAGUGGUCAGACGAGGGCUGCCGAAGCCAUUUGUCGUGAGCUGCACGGCCGUCGCAUCAAUGUGGGCACGCACAGCUGGAACGCGCUGAUCCUGCACUACGGUCUCGAGGGCGAGACGAAACGGGUCUACGAUAUACUGGCCACCAUGAAGGAACUCAAGUACGAGUGGGAUCGUGACACCCUUGCGUGUCUACUCCGAGCCUUGACGCAAGUGCACUCGACCGUCCAGGCCAUGACCAUCCUGCGCGAUGCGCUCAAGUAUUCGCCUUUCCUGGUGGAUUCGGAACACUUUUCGAUUCUGAUGGCUGGUGCUGUCCGCGGCAACAAUCGGCCAGACGCAGAGCGGUUGAUGGUGAUGAUGGAGAAUCAUUCGAUACCGAUUCCCUUCAACGCAAUCGUCUCUUACGCUCAGAUGCUCCUCAAGUACUAUCCAUCUGCAAUUGACGUGAACCAGAUAUGCGAGAGAAUAUUUGGGUCGCUACGGAGAGAGGUGGAACGGCAGGAGAUCGCCAGUGACGUGCGCCGUCUGCGCAUCGUCACCCAGAACAUUGGCCAAGCAGCUCGGCUUAUGAUUGACAUGAACCGGCCGCACCUCGUCGAUGAACUCGUCGGCCUGUAUUCGGAGCUCUUUCCGGAGUUGGAGAAGGGCGAGAUGCUCCCUCAUACGCUGAUCACCUCCUUGAUGACCAGGGCAUACAGAGCCGAGGACUACGACCGUGUCCAGGCGAUUUGGGACGAUACAUGGCCGAAGCUACUCAAGAAAUGGUGUCCUCCCAACAAUGCCAAGGUCUAUCCGGGCUUCAAGUACGACAUCAACCCCAUGCUUCUGCGGUUCACCGAAACGUGUGCGAUGCAGAACAUGGGCAGGAAGCUCCGCGAAGUCGUCGACGAAUGCCUCGAAGUGGGCUUCAUGCUCACCUGGGUCGUGUGGAAACGUGUGCUCAAGACCAUGCUCGAUAACGGCGAAGCUGAUCGCGCCAUGGAGCUGACAGAAAAGUACCUCAUGCCCACGUGGACCAACUGGUGGACCAUGUUUCCUACCCACGAUGAACGUCGCAAGACUAAAAGCACUCGGUUCCCCAAGGUGCCGCCCCUCCUGAUUCAAGAAAUGCGCAAUGUCUGGGUCGACGCCACGCUGGAUGCUCCUCUGUAUGCCACGGCGAUGCGCCGAGUGAAGCGUAUUGAGGCCACCAUGCCCCUGCUGAAGCGAGCCUUUAGACGCUACGAGCCACCACCUGGCUCCGAGCAUAAGGUCAACCCGAGCAUGCGCGUGCACAAGGCAACGGUGAAGAUGCUGGCGACCAUGUCUCUGGGCGAGCUGCGACAGAUGGUAGGCGCGCUAGAGCGGCAGCUCGAGGAGAUCGACGCUGUGGCCAUGACAGACUCUGACAUGUCGGAGAAGAUGGUCAGGGCAGCGGUGGCACCCGAGACCUAUGAGGACACGUACGAGAUGUACAGGAUUCUGCGCGAUCAUAUCAGCAAGCUCACCGACCCCGUGCGCGUGAUCACUCCUCGCUCGCCCGAGCAGCUCAAGAUCAAGAAGCUUGGCGACGCACUCUUGCACCAAGAAGCGCGAGACGAGCAACGCGCGGAGUUACCCGCCGAUCAGCGCCCGCCUAAAGACGUAGAUGAGACGCGGGACAAUCUGCCGGCCCAGUCAUGGUAUUGGUCCUCGCCCCUCCGCGAGAUCGCCGACAGACACCGACCGCCAACCGUCCAGUCGCGACCCCCCGGUCUCAUACUGGACUGGGAUCAGAUCCCCGUCAAGGACAAGAAAUCCUUCUCGUCCAUCCGCCAGAGACGUCUCGCGUUGCAAAGCCCAGAGGCAGAGGACCAACUCAAGACUGCCGAUCCGACGGGGCGGAAAUUCACCCUCAACUAUCCACCCCUGCCUGCGCCUGCCGAGCCGUUCGAUCCAACAAAGCCCAGCAAGGGUAAGGGCAGCCCCAAGGCGCGCAGGACUGACUUUUGGAACAAUGUCCGUCGUCGACAGAAUGAGCGCAUGAAGAAGAUUGCGUAUCACCCCAAGACUGCCUCCUCCGUCUCGGAUGCCAUUGCUCGGAUCCGAAGGAUACUCAUCGCCUCUGGUGAUCCACCGUAUGAUCCCUACGCAGAGGAGGAGCAGGAGCUCAAGCCACGGGUGGUUCGUCGGCCCAUUGUUCAUCUCAGCUAUGAUGCCCCUGUGCGGGAGGACGAAGGCGACGAGGCGGAUGGUGUUUCGUCUACCAAGAAGAACGUAAAAAAGAGGAACAAGCAGAAGCAGCAGGAUGCAAAGAGUGACGAUGCCAGGAUCGAUGCCAGUGUGUUUGAGGAGAAGUUCUUUGGCAGCGGGGCCAGUUAA